AUGGCUGCUGCUGUCGUUUGUCGCAAUCGCAAGAGAUCGUUUGUCGAUGAAAUUCAGCCGGCUUACAAGAAGUCGAGGUGCUCUUACUCGCCGCCGGUUCAGCCCGGUCCACUUGAUCAGCUUCGGUCUGUUUUUCCUGAUACAGAAAUUCAGCUUCUGGAGAGAGCACUAAAAGAGUCCGGCAAUGAUUUGGGUCUGGCUGUUAAGAGAAUCCAUGGUCUUCAUCUCGAACAUGUCAAUGAGAAUGCGCAUAUGGAUAAUAGUUCAGAAUGGGUUGAUUUGAUUGUGAAGGAGAUGAAUUGUGCCACUAACAUAGAUGACGCAAAAACCAGGGCAGCCACCGUGUUGGAGACCUUGGUGAAAUCAAUAAGCUCUCGUGCGAGUGCCCAAGCUGUCGAGGAUUUUCGAAAGGAAAACUCGACGCUUAAGGAGCAAAACGAAGUACUUGUAAGAGAAAAUGUGGUCCUAAAGCGUGCAGUUGGCAUCCAGUUUGAACGCCAAAAGGAGAACGAUGUGCAGAUCCAAGAAUUACACCAAUUGAAGCAGUUGGUGGCUCGGUAUCAGGAGCAAUUGCAAAGUCUUGAGAUGAAUAACUACGCCUUGAAAUUGCAUUUGAACCGGGCCCAGAAUAACAACCCCAUGCCAGGACGGCUCCAUCCAGAUGUAUUUUAG